UCACCCUUCAUCCCCGUCAACCCCUGUCUCCCACCCUCCACGACAGCCCCGAGAGGACGCGAGUGGUAGACCUUAAGAACACCGCGGCUAACUUAUAUAUCUACCACAGCCCUUCUUCGGCGCCAUGGGCUGCACGGCAGCCAUCGUCUUCACCUGCCUGGGUGCCUCGUACGGGACGGCCAAGUCGGGUGUCGGUAUCGCGGCAAUGGGUGUUCUCCGACCGGAUCUCAUCGUUAAGAACAUCGUCCCCGUCAUUAUGGCUGGUAUCAUCGGCAUCUACGGCCUCGUCGUCUCGGUGCUCAUCUCCGACGGCCUGAAGCAGCACGACUACGCCCUUUUCACCGGAUUCAUCCAGCUCGGCGCCGGCCUCUCCGUCGGCCUCGCCGGCAUGGCUGCCGGCUUCGCGAUCGGCAUCGUCGGCGACGCAGGCGUCAGAGGAACCGCCCAACAACCGAGACUGUUCGUCGGCAUGAUCCUGAUUCUCAUUUUCGCCGAAGUCUUGGGUCUAUACGGCUUGAUCGUGGCGCUACUGAUGAACUCCAAGGCGUCGUUGAACACCACUUGUUAAGGCCUGUUCAAGCAAUCACCAGCAAUCGUGGGAGGGAUUAGGUUGGCCAGCUGUAUCUAUUGCAAGG